UUGUUUUUAAACCAAGAUUCAGAAAAUCUCUGUCCGAGAGACAAAUUUGUUACAUUUGUUGCCUGUUUUCCGCGUUAAAUCACAUAAAGCUAAACGAUUACCUCCAAUUAUAAAAACAAAACCUUUACAUUUUCAAUACUUACUCCAUCACUAUUAGUCAGUCCCAUUGUUUUUUCUUUCUUGCUCUCUCUAGUCCCCAAGAUUUGUGUGGUGACAGCAGAGAGAGCUUGAAAGUGAGAGCCAUGGCGAAGGUUUUCAUGUGGUUUUUGGGUGUUAUUUUUGUGCUUAGCAAAUUAGUAGAUUCUUAUGAAUUUGAAGAAUUCUUUUUCAAUAAAACCGAAGGGGUAUUCUUGGAGUCUGUAUAUGAAGCUGCUGCAGCUGGUGGUCCAACUCCUCUUAUGGUUGGUCUUACACUCAUUCAUGGUGCUGGUGCCAGAGGAGCUGUGUGUUUGGAUGGAACACUACCAGGUUACCACAUCCAUCGAGGUUAUGGUUCUGGGGCAAACAGUUGGCUCGUUCAAUUGGAGGGUGGAGGAUGGUGUAACAAUAUUAGAAGUUGCGUUUAUCGCAAAAAGACAAGGCGGGGAUCAUCAAAUUACAUGGAGAAACAGAUUCCGUUUACUGGGAUUUUGAGUAACAAGGCGGAAGAAAAUCCAGAUUUUUAUAACUGGAAUAGAGUAAAAGUUCGCUACUGUGAUGGUGCUUCCUUUACAGGAGAUAGCCAAAAUAAGGCUGCACAAUUGCAAUUUAGAGGCAAGCGCAUAUAUGAGGCUGCAAUGAACGAGUUAAUGUCAAAAGGAAUGCGAUAUGCCAAGCAGGCUCUUCUCUCUGGAUGUUCUGCUGGUGGUCUAGCUUCAAUAAUACAUUGUGAUGACUUCCGCAAUUUGCUCCCACAUAGUACUAAAGUGAAGUGCCUGAGUGAUGCUGGAUUAUUUAUGGACGCAGUUGAUGUAUCUGGAGGGCGCUCCCUGAGAAAUUUCUUUGGAGGUGUGGUUAAGUUACAGGGUCUUCAUAAGACGCUACCAAGAACGUGCACCAACCACCUUGAUGCAACCUCAUGCUUCUUUCCUGAGAAUUUAAUCAACAACAUCAAGACCCCACUUUUCCUGCUGAAUGCUGCCUAUGAUUCCUGGCAGCUUCAGGAAAGUUUGGCUCCUCGGGGAGCUGAUCCUCAUGGCGUAUGGCACGAUUGUACACUCAAUAAUGAAAGAUGUUCUCCUUCUCAGAUUCAUUUUCUACAAGGUUUUAGGAUUCAUAUGCUUAAUACAAUUAAAAGAUUCGCCGCUGCAAGACAAAAUGGUUUGUUUAUAAACUCAUGCUUUGCCCACUGCCAAUCUGAGAGGCAAGAUACAUGGUUUUCCGAUAAUUCUCCCAUGAUUAAUAACAAGCCGAUUGCACUUGCAGUUGGAGAUUGGUACUUUGAUCGAUCGGGUAUGAAGGCGAUAGACUGUGCAUAUCCAUGCGAUAGAACAUGUCACAACCUGGUCUUUAGAUGAGCGUUACGAUCAAAUUCUUUUUCUGCCAACAGCAGAAAUAUGUUAUCAUCUUGAUAGUGAAAUACCCCUUCCAAUUAACUUAAGGUUUACACAAGUGUAACAAAGUUGAUUGUAGAAAAUAAUGUCAAGCAUUUAUUCUCGAAUGCAUUUAGUUUAGUAAUGCUCCACUUAUGUCCUUCUUGGGCCAGUUAGAGCAUGAGUUUGUUUUUUAUUUAUCAUUUUAUGUAUCUACCCAAAUUUAUUGAAUUGUAAAACAAAUCAAUCCAAUGAAGUGCUAGCUUUAUAUCUUCAUU